GGGCAGUGACUCAACAGUGUCAACAACAACGAGUGCAGCUUUGACAGUGUAUUUAUAUGUGUAGCUCAAACAUAAAUGACCUGCACCGAAGAAACGCAAGUGGCCAGGAUCAUAAAGCUGAAUGACGGUUCAAAAAUGCCAGUUUUGGGUCUGGGAACGUGGAAGCCCUCCCAUCUUCCCCACACAACUCUUCAGGGUGCAGUUGAAGCUGCCAUUGCUGCAGGCUACCGCCACAUUGACACGGCUGUUUUCUAUGACAAUGAAGUGGAGAUUGGCAAGGCUCUCCGCUCAAAAAUACAGCAGGGCAUCAUAAGACGCCAGGACAUGUUCAUCGUGAGUAAGUUGCUGUGUACCUGUGAUAAACCAGAAGGCAUCUCAUUAAGCCUCAAUAAAUCCCUGACCAACCUCCAGCUGGACUACCUGGAUCUAUACCUCAUACAUGAGCCUACUGGACUAAAGAAAAUGGAUGAGGAGCACUCCCCAAGGAAGGAUGGGCACUUUGAAACUUCAGAUAUGGACUAUGAGGGCGUAUGGAUGGAAAUGGAAGGACUGCAAGCUUCAGGGAAAGUAAGGAGCAUUGGUGUAUCCAACUUCAAUACUGAACAGCUAGAGAAGCUUCUGUCGUUUUGCAAAGUACCUCCUGCAGUCAAUCAGGUAGAGUUACAUCUCCACCAGGCGCAGCAUGAACUGACAGAGUUCUGUAAAUCCAGGGAUAUUGCCAUCACAGCUCACAACCCAUUUGGCUCACCUGCAAAAUCACCACCAGUAUACAGAGAAGAUAUGAAUUCGCAUAAUCUCCUAGAUGAGCAACUAAUUGCCAAUAUAGCCAGGAAAUACAAACGCAGCCCUUCGCAGGUGUUGCUGAGGUACUAUGUACAGCAGGGUAUUGCAGUCAUUCCCAGGAGUUAUAAGUCCCACCAUAUUCUUGAAAACACAAAGAUUUUUUACUUCAGUCUGAGCGAAGAAGACAUGACAGCACUCAGAGGGUUGAAAUGAGGUUUGAGGAACCUCAAACUUGAUACAAUCAAGACUGAGUGAAGUUGUAAUGAGUUUGCAAAUGUUUUAAUAACAAGGUAGCAUAUACUGUGUAUUCUGUACAGUGAUCCUCACUACUUAACGCUUCAAACUUCACGCCCUCACUCCAUCGUGAUUUUUUUUUCAUUUAAAAAAGUAGUAUUUUAUCGAAAAUGUUAAGAUAUAUGCAUGUGUACAUGUAAAAAUUAUUCUUUUACAUAUAUCUCAUUUAUAUCAUAAUUAUUACAUUUGCAGGGCAUAAAAACCAUUAAUAAAAUAUACAAAUGAGUUUUUUUUGUUUGUUUUGUUUCAUUUA